AUGAGCAAGGAGCGGUCCCAGAGACAGCCGCCACUGGCCGCGUUGGACGAGAAAAGCCAGAGUGAGCCUCGGCCGGAACCGUCUGCGAGUGCCCUGGUCGAGCAUGGCGACAGCCGGAGGCCUUCCGUAAGCGUGAACGAAGGCGACUUGGGUAGCAUGCCUCCCGUCGGGGAACACCCGCGCAAGAGCCUGGGAAGCUUGGACUUUGGUGAUUCUGGACCCGAGAAAUCGGAUCCCCUGACUGCUGCUCCUGUUUCCGGGGACAACGUGGACAUCGCCAAAGAGUUCCUCGAGGGAAUCUGGGGUGGAUCGGAAGAAUCGCCGCCGAAAAGCCCACUCACACUUGCAUCGCUUCCCGAAGUGUCCAAUGAAGAUAUUCGGCUGAAACCACUGGAGAGUCUUUCGGGCGUUGAAGAGGAAGAGGGUGAGGCUUACUUACCUCUGUCCUCAGAACCGCAGCGGGGUCCUUCUGAGAAUCAAGUUAGCUCUCCUAAAAAGGACAAGGAAGAUAGCGUGUCUUCCUCCACAGGAGAGUACACAACCGAGACCAGAACAGAGACGGCGACUGGUAGCACAAGUGCAACGGGCGAAACCGAAGAAGAGACUCACCAAACUCCGCCAACGCCACCGCCAACUCAAGCAUCAGUACAGAGGCCUGAGUCAAGGCCCUCAAGCGGAGGAUCAGACCUGAGGUCUUCUGACACCGAGGGUCUGAGCACGGACAGAACGUCCGAGAGCGAAUCUACUGAAUCUCUUGAGCUUGGCAAAGAGGAUAUGGAGGCGCCGCUUCUUCCGAAAAAGGAAAGUGAUAGAAAGGGUGCAGAAGUUCCGAAGGUGGGUGCUUCAUCUCUUGGUACAAAAGAAAUCAUGCCGUUAAAAAGUCAUGCUCCACCGCUGUCUUCAUCAUCAACAGCGAAAAGUUCAACAACCAAAACUUCAUCGGGAGCUCAGAUCCAACCGAGCGCUUUCUCAGAUGCCCAAACAAAACGUCAGCUGCAGAAGGCUGCCGCGGUGAAAAAGGCUACCGGGGAGCCUGGUUCCAAGGUGGCUGGAAAUGACCCUGCUCAGUGCGCGCGGAACAACAACGAGGCGCACAGAGACGCUGAAACGGAAAAACGCACAAUUCCAUGUAUACUCCUAGUGCUUAACAUCAUUGUAGCAAUAGUCCUCAUCCUUCUUUAUCACCUGCUUCUCAUUCGGGAACUGGAGCGACGCGCAAAGGAGGAGAGGCCAGAGGCGUUCAUUCCUUCCACAGAGUCAGUUGACGACCACGUGUGCCGAAGUGUUCAAUGCAGUGCGGCGGGAACGCAUCUGUUUUACGUGCUGAACACAUCCGCGAAUCCGUGCCAAAGUAUUUACGACUACGUCUGCAAGUCCUGGAUUCACCUUCCACCGACGAGUUACCGAAAGGUUGUGCUUGGAGCGGAACGCCUGUUCGUCGAUAGUAAGUACGCUGAAAUGGAUAACGCGCUUCGAAUGCCCGACAUGUUAAUCAACCCGUCUAUUGCGGUUAGAAAAGCUUCUUGCUUAUACAGAGAUUGUUUGCGGGAAGCUGAGAAGUCGAGUGGAGGUGCUGAACAUAUCAGGGCACUUCUAGAGUCCUAUGAUAUGGGAGCAUGGCCUUUCAUGGCAAACAUAUUUUUUGAGCCAUACAAGAGUCUAGGAAAAUUUAUAGGAGACACUGGCGUAGGUGCUUUGGUAACCGUAAAAAUGGCGCCAGACCCCAAUAACCCAAAAGCGAGAAUGAUUACGUUGGACUGUUCCACAUUUGCAGUGCCAUUCGGGGUGUUGUUGUCCUCUUCAGAGCACACUGACACCAUACUCCGGGGUUAUAAGACAUACAUAUCCGAAACAAUUUCUGCUUUGCAUCCUGAUCAACCUGACAUUGACGUUAUUGCUGGGGAUGUUAUAAAAUUUGAAAUUAACCUCGCACACCAACGUAACAAAAGUUGUCAGAGAAAGAAGUACAAAUCAGUGACUUUGGCGACAUUGACCAAUGGGGCAGGCAUCAAGUGGAAAGAUUUUUUAUCCCAUAUCUUCGGCGAGGCUUACCUUGUUCACAGUCUUCAAACUAGAGUUCUUGUUAGAUCUCCGGAGUACAUAAAAUAUGUGUCAGAAGUUUUACUGAAAAACGAAAAGACUCUUCACCGUGCUAUGAACUACAUUGGAUGGAGGGUUACACAUCAUUUUAUGAGGCAAGCAGGAAGGAGUUAUCGGAACCUCACCAACACGUUUAUGGAAAAUUUUAUCAAAGCUGAGCCCAUGCCUAGGUGGAGGAGUUGUCUGGCCGACGUCAACGAUGUGAUGCCACUUGCCAUUGGGAGCGUGUUUGUGGAUCAUGGUCUUUGGCGCGACAACCAGUUCAAAGCCUCCCGGAUUGUCGUUUCCUUGCUCGAAGUGUUGGCCAUUAUGUUUGAACGGUGGCCUGAAGAUGGCACCAGGUCAACAUUUUCCGGCCUCAGAAACGACAUGGAUUUUUUAAUCAGCUACCCGUUUUGGAUCAAACACGCUCCCACGCUAGACGCUUACUACGACGGUGUGAAGUCCGGGGGAGACUACUUUGAUCGUUACGUGAGCGCGUCUCGUGUCCACUACCAGAAUUACUUGUUGUCUACCAAUGUGACUCAGCGGCAUCGGCCACUGGCUGAGUUUAUUUUUCCCUCUCGCAUCGUGGACUUGAAACUCCUGUCGGGCCCUGCAAGAGAAAACGUAUUCUACGACUCUCGAGACAACACCCUGAUCUUACCUGCUGGAGCCUUGCAACCACCCUAUUACGACAGUAACAGCCCGCUAGGACUGGUAUUCGGCGGCCUGGGCACCCUCAUUGCCAGAGACCUGGUCAACGAGCUCUUCCACACUCCUGAAGGUGUGUUAAAAGAAGACCAAAGUAAGAACGUCUUUAGCAGAAAGUCCCAGUGUCUCCUUGACGAAAUGAUGAAAGGAAUGGUCUCCAACGCUAGCCUCGACUCCUCCAGUGUUAUUACAGAUGUGUUCACUCUUCGCGUGGCCUUCGAAGGCUACCACAUCUUCAUGGGUACAGAAGAAGACAAUACACUCCAGGGGGUCGCGGAACUGACCCCUGACCAGCUGUUUUUUAUCUCGGCCGUCCGGACACUCUGCACCAACAUCAGGGAGAGGCACUUCGCUCAAGUGGUGCUCCUCAAGAAGUCUGUCACGGAGAUGAAGCUUAUUGACACUGCCGUCAUGCAGAUGCGUGAAUUUGACGACACGUUUCACUGCGAAAAGAAAGACUCUGCCACUCUAAAGCAGAACUUUUUCAACAAAUGCGUGUACACAAGCUCCUAG